UACAAUUCAGUUGCAACCACAAGAGGGGAGCAUGUGGUGCCUGCUCUUCAUUUUUCUAUUUGCUGGUGCUCUUGGAGAACGUUUUCAGCCCAAUGCUAUUUGGCAGUUCCGUAAUAUGAUCAAGUGUGCUGUUCCGAACAGCCGUCCUGUAUUUGACUACAGCGAUUAUGGAUGUUACUGUGGAUUUGGAGGGACUGGAUCUCCUGUUGAUGAACUGGACAGAUGCUGUCAGAUCCAUGAUCACUGCUAUGGAACAGCCAGCAAGAUUAAGGAAUGCCGGCCAAUCUAUGACAAUCCCUACAUCAAAUUGUACAAAUACUCCUGUUCUAGUGGCAGGAUCACUUGUGGCCCUGGUAACAGUCCCUGUGAAGCCUAUAUCUGUGAGUGCGAUCGGCAGGCAGCUAUGUGCUUUGCUGAAGCCCCAUACAAUGAAGAUUAUAAACAUCUGGACACAGAGAAGCACUGCAUCUAAAACAGUACACUAUCAAAUGGUGAAAGAGAAAAAUAAAGCUUGAUCCCACUUA